GGCACGAGGAUCACCUUUAGAACAGUAACAUAAUUAGAUCUUUAUAGAAAAUGUGAUUGUUUACAUUUUAUGAAGACACGUUUUUCCUGUUGUUAACAUAAUGGGAAAACGUAAAGGUUCUGGAACAGAGGAAGAGUUACUUUCAGUGGACUCCCCUAGCAGUUCCCACAAGAAACAUAAGAAACAUAAAAAGAAGCACAAGAAGAGAAGGGACCAUGACCUUGAUCCCUUUGCUCUGGGAGCUCCAGGGGGAUUGGCAAAACCUGCCAUUAAGCUGAAACUAAAGAUUGGUGGGGAAACCUUGGGAACAAAGAAUAUCACACCUGUAGACCAGAAACAGAAGGACAGCUCUGAGGACUCACAGGACCAGAUCAUAGAUGUCCUCAAUGACACCUGGGGCUCCCCUCCCUCAGCUGCAAUAACAGCCACGAUAACAUCCUCCACCGUCUCCGACAUCCCCUCUGCCCAACCAUCAACACUAGCAUCACCAGCAUUGGGGGAAAAGAAGGAAGAUACCUCCGAUGAGGAGAAAGAAUGGCUGGACGCUCUAGAGAAAGGUGACUUAGACGACUCGGGAAUGCUGAAGAAAAGCAAAGACCCAAGGUUAUUAACUGCUAGACAGAGAGCUCUUAUUCAUGGCAACAAAGAAGAGGCUCUUUUGGAACUUCCCUCAGGCUACAAACAGGUGGAGCUGACAGAGGAACAGCAGCUGAAACGAGUACAGAGGGCUAAGAAACGGCGUCAACAGGCUCACGAAAAACGGGAGAAGGACAAGAAACUGACUCUAGACCGACUGCUGAAGAAACAGGACUCCAAGAAAAAAGGGAAAGGAUUUAAAAGGGCCAACAUCCCAAGGUUCCGGUAUACAAACAACCAGUCCAGGAUAACAAUCUCAGUGCCAGUAGGAUUUCAGCUCCCCUUCACUGCCCAAACUACCAGACCACCGAAAGCGAAGGAAUACUGCAGUAUAUCAGGGUGUAAGAAUGUAAAGAAGUACGCCUGUUCUCGGACUGGUGUUCCUCUGUGUAGUCUUGGGUGUUAUAAGAAAAACAGCCUGCUUCACAAUCUCCCCAGUGUCCGGGCAGCUAGCUGAAAGGAAGAUACACUGAAGAACUGUGAAUACUGUUCAGAGUACCAAGACUGCUCACAGCAGCGUUAGAACCUCUGACUGAGAUUAUUUUGUGACGGCUGCUGGCAGAGAGGAUAUUACAUGUUUGAUGGAAAAAUGAAAUCUGCGGAGUGUCAAGACCUCAAUUGGAAAUUCUGUUACCUGAUGAAAAGAAUGAACCAAUUCUCGUGAUUGUGAUGGUUGUGUGAGGGCCGCCAGCGGAGAAGAUAUAGUAUAAAAAAAUAUAUAGUCACAAGCACUUGAACAUCAGAGCCUCCAGCUGAGGUGGGGGAUUAUAUAACAUCAGAGCCUCCAGCUGAGGUGGGGGAUUAUAUAACAUCAGAGCCUCCAGCUGAGGUGGGGGAUUAUAUAACAUCAGAGCCUGCAGCUGAGGGGGGGAUUAUAUAAGAUCAGAGCCUCCAGUUGAGGUGGGAGAUUAUAUAAGAGAAAUUUUCACAUCAUUUCAUGCUUGUUAUUCUCGUUAAUAUAUUGUAUAUGUGAGAAGUGUAAAAGUGUUAAAGAUAAUGAUGCUGUUGAACCAGUGUAAGAGAGCGUUGAUGGGGUGUGUUUGUAAAACAUACUGGCUCCUCCAAGGUAAGACUUAAUAGGCUGAUCAAGCAGAGUAGCUGAAAGUCGACUUAUCAGGAUUUUCAAAAAUCAAAACAUGAUUGGUGAAUUUCUAAAAUAAGUAUUAUUGUUGUUCCAAUUGCUGAGUGAACAAUAUUGAAAAAUAUGUUAUUUUCUGAAUGUGUUUAUGUUUUCUUAAUGAGGUCACCAAAGCAAAAUUAUAAGAUGUAGAG